AUAGGAUUACAUUCUGCUGUGUCCUAAUAUAUAAAAUUCAGAUAAACCUACAUCUGCUCUUCUAUAAUGCUUAACGUAGAUAGUUGACCUGUGGGGUUGUAUUCUUUUAAUCCUUUGAAAGCCCUGCGACAUGCGUCUACACUCUUUAAUUACACUUCUGCUUAGUCGGUUUGCUACCACGUCUCCUGUCGUUCAAAGCCCUUCUGUUUUCCCUAGCGAAAGUUCUCUAUCUGCAGACGACGAAUUCAAGCCCGAUUGGAACACCAUCGAGAUUGAUUAUAAUGCAGCCUUGGAAAGGUUUGCUGAGGGCCCAACUCUAGUGGAGCGGCUUAACACGGAAGGCUCAAGUGAUGUUGCCUAUGGACUAGUGAUUUCCGCUGCUGCGCAAGCUGCUUAUGGACAAAUAAAAUCUUUAGUGAAGUGGAACAAGGCCCGAAGAGAUUUCACUCAGCUUACCACCCAAAUCAUGCUUGAUCAUAACCCAAAUUCAACCCAAGCUAUUGCUGCUAUCUGUUAUAAUAUGGAAUAUGAUAUCAAAGACCCAGAUAUGAUGUAUGGUCUGACUAGUCAAAAGAUUUCUAUCUGGCCAGCUAGCACCGAUUACGACUGUUUUUAUAUAGGCAAGGGGAAUACUUUCUGGUCCUGGGGUGACGGUGGUACAAUCAAUGUUAGUAAAGCCAACAUCAUAUAGUCAGUCUCAACGUUCAACUGACUAGCUUCUAGCUAUAUACUCGGUGGUAUGAUGGACUCUGUAGAUUUGAUGACGAAUCC